CUAAUAAUCUUGAAUAUCUAAAAGUAGUCGUAUGUUGCAUACCUCCUGCAGGUUCAAUAAACCAACGUGGUCUCUGCCCACUGGAAUAUGCUGUCCCGUGUUUUACUGUGCACCCUUUUCACCCUCUCACGUUCUGUGGACUUCCUCUUUGGUGAGAAAGAAUUCCAGAUUGUGUGUGUUGGGAAGGAGUUUCGUCUGCCGGUGCACUCUGUUUCAAGAAUUGUAACUUUUACACCCAACUCCCCCCCUGGACCAAGACGUGUCCUGCUGGAAAAUAACCAUGUAAAGGAUAUGCGUUUUGAGUGGACCAGAGACAGGAUGCUGGUGCUGAAAGAGGUGACCCACAGUGACCAGGGCCUCUAUGCCAUCAAGCUCUCCUCUGGAUUCACUUAUGAAAUAGUUCGUCUGAAUGUGUCAGAAUGUAUAAAAUCCUACAGAAGAACCUAUGGGGAGACCUUUCAGCACAGCAUCCCUGAGGAUGGAGCAUUGUUGCAGUUCUCUCCCCGGGAUUCUCUUCCCGAGUCCCAGCCAGUGGUGUUAUGGAAUCGAACUGACCCUGAGAGUGGCAAGAUGGGACGGGGGAGGCUGCAACGGGAUGGGAGAGUCUGGCUGGCUGAGAGAGUGACACAAGCAGACCAGGGCAACUACACUAUCAGAGAUGGGGAAGGGAAAGUCCUGUCACGCAGCAUCCUAACUGUCCACGGACACAUCUUCAAUGUCACCCGCUUCACCAAGGAGUCUUUAAAUAUUCCCCUUUUUAUCCUCCUCCAUCAAUUUCACCUCAUUUUUACCCCUGCUCGGGACCCUGACCAAUCUACUCUGGGCCCAUUUGGCUCCAGACCCCCUCUUGGCCCCGUUGAGCUGAUCCAAAAUGGUCAGGUAUUGGACCGUGACAUGCGUUACCGAGGUCUCGUCUCUCUGGGCAGGAAUGGCAACGCCACAGAGGUUGUUAUCGCAAGGCUGAAUUCAAGGCAUGAUGGGUGGUAUGACAUCAGAGAUUUGAAUUACAACCUGGUGUCCUCCACCUCCUUGCACGUGAAUGAUAAGUUUGGUAGAUGGCGAGCAGUGCUCAAGUCCAUCACUGUUCCCUCUGGUAUGUUUGUAUCACUGGCUGGUUUCAUAUUGUUUAUGAAGAGGUAUCCCAGCUGCAGCCUGUCACAGAUCAUCAACUGCCUCAGAGCCAACAACAAUCAUCCAGCAAGCCCCCCGCAGAUCAACAUCCAGGAUUAUAGCCAUGCUAGCCCUCAGACCUCCAGGUUCUAUGGCUACUCACAGCAGCCUGAGACACCGCAGAAGUGGAGCAAAAGAGCCAGUCUGAUUCACACAGGUUACACUCCUGUAAUGGUAGACAGUGGGUCACAGCUUUCCCAAGUCACUGUCAGGACUGAAAACCAGAGGAUAGACACACUGACAGCAGGGGAGUCUGAGGACAUGCCCAAUGAGCGAGGAAGAAAGAUCUCCUUUUCUGUACCGGGAAGCUCAGACUGCCUCCACUUGUCUGAAGACUGUGCUCAAUUCUACAUCAAGGAUGAGGGCGAGAAGAAGAGAUGGAGCAGAGGUUUAGAGUACUUUUCCAAACUUCCACUGGACACCGACACACCUGAAUCCUGUAGCGUCUACACUUCGGACAAACUCAAUUUCUAA